GAAUAGAAAGAGGAAGAUAAGAGAAGGAGAAUAAAAAGAAAAGGCAAGAGAAGGAGAAUAAAAAAAAAAGGAAGAUAAAAGAAGAAGAAGAGAGGGGGAAGGCGAACGAGGAAAAGCCCCAAGAAGCAGAAUGGGGAACAGGAACAGCGCAUUCACGGAGGAGGAACUGCAGGAAUAUGAGGACCUCACUUUCCUCACCAGAAAGGAGAUCCUUCUCGCUUGGAGGAGAUGGGAGGACCUCAUGGGAACGGGAGCUGGCAACGAUAAAUUAGCCCGCUAUCCGGAGGAGAAUUUUCAUGAACUGCCGGAGUUGAAGCACAACCCCUUCAAGGAGCGGAUCACCAAAGUCUUCUCCUCGGCGCAGGAUCACAGGAUCAGCUUUGAGGAUUUCUUGGACCUCCUGUCGGUCAUGAGUGACAAGGCUCCUCUGCAGCUCAAAGCUCAUUACGCCUUCCACAUCUUCGAUUAUAACGAAGACCUUAUCAUAGACGGAGAAGAUCUGGACUGCGUGGUGGACCGUCUUACUGGAAAGGAAAAUCUACUACCUGAAGAAAAAGACAGGCUUAUCAAGACGCUGCUGCAGGAAACGGACCUGGAUGGUGGCGGUAUUUCCGAAGAGGAAUUCAAGCAUUUGUUGACCAAAUGUCCGGACUUCAUUCACUCGUUUCGGUUUUCUGUGUGAAAGAAAAGAUCCUAUAGAAAACGAUUAUGGAAAAAAAAAUGAAAAAAAGAAAACGUGGACUGUGAUUCGAUUGAGCAUUGACUGUUUUAUUUUUCUAACAACGGAAAGCAGAGUAAUUAAUUAUUUUUCAUUGAUUCCAAUUUUAGAAUAGAUUAAUAAUGUAGUUCUAGUUUACACACACACACACACACACACACACACACACACACACACACACACACACACACACACACACACACACACACACACACACACACGCAUACACACACACAUACGCACACAUACUAUAUUAAUGGUUUAUACUAUCUGCUACUAGUAUCCUUCAGUGUAUACAAAAUAUACUACCUAAUUAACGGUGUAAUACCUGUAAAUCAUUAUUUGAUUAUUUUACAAAAAUCACAAAAAAAACAUUUAUAGCUUUAAUUAUCACUAGUAUAAACAAUGUAUUUUAAUUAAUAAUUUUGGAAUACAGA